ACGUCCGGGCAGCGGAGGGGGGAGGGGCUGGACAUGGCGCUGGCUGAGGCCCGGCCCGGGGGACGAUGAAUAAGGGCUGGCUGGAGCUGGAGAGCGACCCCGGUCUCUUCACCCUGUUAGUAGAGGAUUUUGGAGUUAAAGGGGUGCAGGUUGAGGAGAUCUAUGAUCUACAAAGCAAAUGCCAGGGCCCAGUGUACGGGUUCAUCUUCCUCUUCAAAUGGAUCGAAGAACGCCGGUCCCGCCGGAAGGUCUCCACCCUGGUGGAUGAGACAUCUGUGAUUGACGAUGACAUUGUCAAUAAUAUGUUCUUUGCUCAUCAGCUGAUUCCCAAUUCCUGUGCCACCCAUGCCCUGUUGAGUGUCCUCCUGAACUGCAGCAAUGUAGACCUGGGGCUGACGUUGAGUCGCAUGAAGGAUUUCACCAAGGGGUUCAGCCCAGAGAGUAAAGGCUAUGCCAUUGGGAACGCUCCGGAGCUGGCCAAGGCCCAUAACAGCCAUGCCAGGCCAGAACCCCGGCACCUGCCGGAAAAGCAGAAUGGAAUCAGCGCUGUGCGGACCAUGGAGGCUUUUCACUUCGUCAGUUAUGUUCCCAUCAAGGGGCGGCUCUUUGAGCUGGACGGGCUGAAGGUCUAUCCCAUUGACCAUGGACCUUGGGCUGAGGAUGAAGAGUGGACAGACAAAGCCAGGAGAGUGAUCAUGGAGCGAAUUGGCCUGGCCACAGCAGGGGAGCCGUACCAUGACAUCCGUUUCAACCUGAUGGCGGUGGUGCCCGACCGGAGGAUGAAAUACGAAUCUAAGCUGCACAUCCUGAAGAUGAACAGGCAGACUGUACUGGAGGCCCUGCAGCAGCUUAUCCGGGUAACUCAGCCGGAGCUGAUUCAGACCCAAAAGUCCCAGGAGUCUCAGCCGGCUGAGGAGUCCAAGCCAGCCAGCAGCAAGGCCUGUCUGGCACUGGAGACGAGCAGAGCGCAGCUGGCCCCGGAGAGCUCGCACCCAGAGAGCACUGAGGACUCUACCAGCCAGGGCCACCCUGCCUCCGCACAGAGCCUGUCCAACAAAUCCAAACUGGUAGCAAAGCCAUCUGGGAGCUGCAUCAACGGGGCUCCCGCAAACCCCAAUCCCAUUGUGCAGAGACUCCCAGCCUUCUUGGAUAACCACAACUAUGCCAAGUCGCCCAUGCAGGAAGAGGAGGACCUUGCAGCGGGCGUGGGCCGUAGCCGGGUUCCGGUCCGCCAGCACUACUCCGAUGAUGAGGAUGACUAUGAUGAGGAGGAGGAGGAGGAAGUUUGUAACACUGCCCCCGCCAUCAGGUAUAAGAGGAAGGGGCAGGGGAAGCAGGAGCUUGUGGCCGGGGCAGCAGACAGCCAGCUCUCAGUCCUCCAGCCUAACACCAUCAACGUUCUGGCGGAGAAACUCAAGGAGUCCCAGAAGGACCUUUCCAUCCCCCUCUCCAUCAAGACUGGGAGUGGGGGCGCCACCGUAGCUGUGGUUGCCCAUUCACAGCCCUCCCCCACACCCAGCAACGAGAGCACGGACACUGCCUCAGAGAUCGGCAGCGCCUUCAACUCCCCGCUGCGCUCCCCCAUCCGUUCGGCUAACCCUACCCGGCCCUCCAGCCCCGUCACCUCCCACAUCUCCAAGGUGCUCUUUGGGGAGGAGGACAGCCUGCUGCGCGUGGACUGCAUGCGGUACAACCGGGCUGUGAGGGACCUGGGGCCCAUCAUCAGCACCGGCCUGCUGUGCCUCACCGAGGAAGGGGUGUUUUGCCCUCUUGCCAUCACAGACGAUGGGAAAAGCUCCCCUCUCUCCAGCAAGCAAAGAGAAGAGGCCCAAUCUGCUGUCAGAGUGGACGAGAAGGAGGCAAGCGAGCCAAGUGACAGCAAAGAGAAGAUUGCUCUCUGCAGGCCCAGCGAUCACCCUUGCGGGGAGAAGUAUUCUCCCAAAGAGCUGCUGGCACUGCUGAAGUGCGUGGAAGCUGAGAUUGUGAACUAUGAGGCCUGCCUGAAGGAGGAGGUGGAGAAGAGGAAAAAAUUCAAGAUAGAUGACCAGAGAAGAACCCACAACUAUGAUGAGUUCAUCUGCACCUUUAUCUCCAUGCUGGCUCAGGAAGGAAUGCUGGCCAGCCUCGUGGAGCAGAACAUCUCUGUCCGCAGACGCCAAGGAGUCAGCAUUGGGCGUCUCCACAAGCAGAGGAAGCCGGAUCGCCGGAAACGCUCCCGUCCGUAUAAAGCCAAGCGCCAGUAGUGGCAUCCUUGUGGUCAAGAGGGGGAGCGGAACUCUGCGCCCACAUGGCUCGUGCUAGCAUCUACAAGCACUCGGCUGGACCAGUCGCCCUGUGCCCAGGGGAGAUGGACCCAACAAGAACCCUGGGACUGGGUCCUUUCUGUUCAUGUCCUCAGUGGUGUUGGGAAUAGAGGUGGAGGUUUCAAACAGAAUUUGGAUUUUAUCAGCCCCAGCCUGGGCACCCUGGGAAUGGGCACUCCGUGCAGCAGUGAAGGGCAGGUUCCAGUGUCAGAGUGCUACAGAGGCACUUGGAUCUACUAGGCAAGUGUUCCAGGCUGCUCUGCAUACUCCAUGGCAUUCUAGCCCAGGACUGAUGGAAAGGCAGCUGCAGUUGGUAUGAUGAUGCUGAUGGGUGUCUGUGCUGGCCACCUCGCAUCAUCCAGCAUCCAGGCCUUCAGUGCUACACUGCUCUGGGACAUUGAUAUCAAUUUUCUAUUUCACAAAUGUUUAUUUUGUGGUUCUGACCAAUGUUGCCAGCAUCCUCCCUGAGUAUAGCUGGCUCCCUGAUGGCCUAUUCUGGGCCAUCUCUGGUCUCUAGUGACAUGCCUGAGCUGCUGCUGUCCUUGUGUUAGUCAUGCUAGGCUGCUCACCUCUGAGCGUGCCUUCUGGGGGUGAGCGCUGUGUGUCUCUCUGUCUGUAGCCCAUCACCUGCUGGGUGUGGUAGGAUUUCCCCUGAAGCUGUCCCAUGUUUACCCACUGUUCCUGCUCUUGCUGGGCUAGCUUGGCCUAGCCACACUCCUUUGGUCAUGGGUUCCAGCUGUGAUGGAGAUCUCUGCAGUCGCAUGCUUGUGCUGCCGGUGCUAGGCAGUUGGUGCAGCACUCAGCCUAAGUGACUUCACGGCAAGGCAGCCACGGGAGGAAGCUCUAGUUCCUGAGCUGGUGUCAUUCCAUGCUGAGAUUAGGCCCUCGCUGCACCAUGCUUCAGCCCCAGAGGGAAGGGCUGCAGGGGCAGCCUUUGUUUAAUGGCCUUCCACUAACUUCAGUGCCUAACUCAAAACAAACCAUGAAGCAGCUGGGCAGGAACCCUUAGUGAAACACACCAAACUCUUCCACAGCGUUUCUUCUCAGGCAGGGAUGUCUGGCCUUUGAAGGGCUUAUCCCUGGAAACAGUUUUAAAAAGAGGGCUGCGGUGGAGAGCUAGCUCUGCCCCAGUCACCGGCAUGAAGAAUUGCUGCUAUGCCUAUUUAAACAGAAGCCAGGGUGCUGCAGCUGAGGUGAGGUGGAAGCACCAGAAGGAGCUAGUGCCCAUAGCUGCUCUCCCCUCUGCCCAAGGCUGGACUCUGGCUCAUGCCUGCCUGAGUGAGAGUUUUCUCACACAGGGGCUAGGUUACCUUUUUAUACUGUCACAGACUGAUAGGCAGGUACGCCUAUCCCCCCAGUGACCACUGCUGAAAGGGGGUUUCUCCUCUCCAGCCCCAGCGUUCAGGCUUGUCUCUUGAAGGGAACACAGGGGCUUGAGUACCUCCCCUUGAAUGGCUGGCCUGGCAGCUCGCCACUGCCUCCUGCAAGGGAAGGGCAGAGGAGGGGGGUGAUGCAGGUGAAAGCAGACCUCCCUCAGGGAAGAACUGGAUUGACCAAGUAUCCCAGUUUGUACAGAGCUUGACUGUCGAAUGAAACCAUUGCUGGUCCUUGUUGAGGGUAAGAUCCCUCGGUCUCUGGCUGUGUCUAAUAUCAUAUGCUGUAAAUAGCAGCCCUGUUGGAAAGAAUAAAGCUGUCCCAUAGCA